UAUGUGAAGAGGGCUAUAUUCCCGAAUCUCUCAAAGGCUCGUUGAACAACUCAGUUCCUGUUCUCUAGCAUUGCUAGUGGUUAGAUUGCAUGGAGAGAGACAGCGACCAGUCGGACAACGAGAUCGGCAGGCUUUGGCGGCCAGGCAUCCGGAAACUUCCAUCCUCCCGCUUCAAGGGCGUCGUUCCUCAGCCAAACGGGAAAUGGGGAGCCCAGAUUUACGAGAAGCAUCACCGCGUCUGGCUGGGGACGUUUCCCACGGAGGUGGAGGCGGCGGUGGCCUACGACAUAGCGGCGGUGAAGUACAGAAGCGAGGAAGCGACCACCAACUUCCCGGCCGUGUGGGAGGACCAGUACCAGGCCUCCUUCCUCCGGUCUCAUUCCGAAGAAGAAGUCGUCGACAUGCUCAGGAGAAACACCUACCACGACGAGCUGACGCUUUUCGAGGAAAAGGCAGAAGCAGAUUCUCUCGUCUCCUCCCCCUCAGCGUGGCCGAGGCCUGGGGCUUGCCCGCCGGAGAAAAGGGAGCUCUUCGACAAGGUUUUGACGCCGAGCGACGUGGGGAAGCUCAACAGGCUCGUGAUCCCCAAGCACCUGGCCGAGGAGUUCUUCCCCUUGGCCGCCGACCGCUGGAAAGACGGCACGCUGCUGAAGUUUGAGGACGAAGGCAGCCGGGUGUGGAGGAUCAAAUACACGUACUGGAGCAGCAGCCAGAGCUACGUGCUGACGAGGGGCUGGAGAGGAUUCGUUAGGGAGAAGGGGCUCAGGGCAGGGGACGUGGUCUCCUUCUUGAGGUCGGCGGGGCCGGAGGAGACGAACUACAUACGUUGGAAGCAUGUCGAAGGAGACGAGAUCGAACCGCAGAAGUGGGAAAGUGAUCAAGAGCCCGCGGAAGAGCCAGAACAAAGAGGUCAGUUCGUCCGGAUCUUCGGCGUCGACCUAAUUGCACGGCGAAUCGAGGAUCUCAAUGCAGGUGAUAGUGAUGUGGACCUUGUUUGAUCAAGCUAGUUUGUUGACGGCGAACCACUUGGUCGCCGGCAGGUCAGCCAUGAUUUCUUUCUUCUCUGCAGCUUGUUUAGUCCAUAUAAGUCGAGUAGCUACCAUCAAUGAUCCGCAGUUUUCUUCGUGACUGCUGAGUAUGGUGGCUUAAUUAAUUUCCUGGCGGGUCUGACAUGAUCCCAUUGUAAGCUUCUUCGGCAUCUCAUUGAAACUCUCUCUUUUGGUGAUUAGAGUCAUUCUGUAUGGUGCCAUACUUGGA